AUGGCCAUUUUUAAAGCGCCCCGUUCCUUCCAGAAUGGCGACGCGCUCUCCUCUGCCCUGACCGCAAUGGGCGCUUCCGACCAUGCCAGUCAUCCCUCCUUCCUCCAUCUAGUCCUCUUGGUCUUUGAGGCCGUUCUCGAAGUCAUCUGCGUCAGUUUGCCGGGCUAUAUCGCUGCCCGCCAGGGCAUGUUAGAUGCAGAUGCCCAGAAACUGCUGGCCAAUCUCAACGUGACCCUCUUCACUCCCUGUCUUAUCUUCAUCAAGCUCGGCUCCCAACUGACAGCAGAAAAGCUGACCGACCUGGCCAUCAUCCCCGUGAUCUUUGUCGUCCAGACCGUCGUCUCAUACUCCUGUUCCUUCCUUGUCUCACGAUGCUUCCGAUUCAAGAAGCGCAAGUCCAACUUCGUCGCUGCCAUGGCGGUGUUUGGCAACUCUAAUUCCCUCCCCAUAUCCCUCGUGGUCUCGCUCUCGCAGACUCUCCAAGGCCUCCACUGGGACCGCAUCCCGAACGACAACGACGAUGAGGUAGCCGCCCGGGGGAUUCUAUAUCUGCUUAUCUUCCAGCAGCUGGGCCAGCUGGUCCGCUGGAGCUGGGGAUACCAUGUUCUGUUGGCGCCCAAGGAACGAUUCCUCGAGGAGGCCGAGCGCGCGGAUAUCGGACGCACGCGCAUCGAGCAGGGCCAGGCGCAUUACACCGAUAAUCCCGACCCGACAGAACCGGACGAGCCGCUGGUGCGCACCCGUGAUUCGGAUGAUGUGGAGCAUCAUGACGGCGGGUUCCAGUCUGGAGAUCAGACUCCUGUGACGGCGCGAACGUACUCAUACACGAAGCUGUCCGCGCUUCAUUCCGACGAUGCGGCGGAUGAAGAUACUGAUCAUGAAGAAACGCCGUCGCUGCUCGGCCCACCGCCGCGAGGCCCGUUCCUACCUCGUGAGAGCUCCCAGGGCCAUAUCUUAUCGUUUCCAGAUGUCGAGGUGGCGGCACGAGAAGCGCACGAAGCAGAACAGACCCGCCUCCAGCACUGGAAAACCUCUCUUCGCCGAAAUAGUAACCGCUUCCGACGCGGGUUUGAGAAGCGAACAAACGCAGUAUAUCAGCGUCUCCCAACUCAUGCCCAGAAGGGGCUCACAGUCUUCACUCGUGGAGCAACCCGCUUCCUCCACGGAUUAUGGGACUUCAUGAACCCGCCCUUGUGGGCGAUGCUGGUCGCAAUUAUUGUUGCCUCUGUCCCAGUGCUCCAAAAUCUGUUCUUCGACGACGGUACCUUCGUCCGCAACUCCGUCACCCGUGCCAUCGAUCAGAACGGCCAGGUCGCCGUGCCGCUGAUCCUUGUUGUACUGGGCGCCAAUCUCGCGCGCAAUACCCUCUCUGAAGAAGCCCGAGCUGACAUGGAGCACCCGCAUGACGAGCGCAAGCUCAUUAUCGCCUCUUUGAUUGCGCGCAUGCUCCUGCCAACUCUUAUCAUGGCACCGUUCCUGGCUCUGCUGGCCAAGUACGUCCCCAUCAGCAUCCUCGACGACCCCAUCUUCAUCAUCGUUUGUUUCUUGUUGGCUGGUGCACCCUCCGCGCUGCAGCUGGCGCAGAUCUGUCAAAUUAAUAACGUCUACGUCGGGGCUAUGUCUAAGCUGCUUUUCCAGAGCUAUGUCGUCUGGAUCCUCCCAUCCACGCUCGUCCUCGUCGUGUGCGCCUUGGAAGUAGUGGAAUGGGCCUCCGCCGCGACCUAA